CAUUAACCAAACACUCUUUUUCUCCCUCUUACAUCAAACCAAACUCACAUAUAUUAUAGAAAUCAGUUAGUUGACUUGUUUUUGACUUUCUUUUCUCAACAAAAAAAAUGGUAGUGAUUAGCUCGCUAGUAGAGUAUGCAAGCCAACUUUGCACCUAGCUCAUAGCUAUAAUAUUCCUGCCAUUUUCCUUUAUACCUUUUUUUCCCUUCCACUUUCUCUUUGUUAACCAUGGAGGCUUUGUGUAGUCUAAGUUCUUCCUCCAUUGUAUCAAAAAGUAUUCUGAAAUUGUCUAAUAAUAGCGGAACAUGCCCGCCAAAGAAGAUCAUGAAAAGUGUGAUACAUUGCCAAAGUAGUGGUGGAAAUGCAGUAAAAGCUAGUAAUCUUUCUUCUGUUAUAACUGAGAGGUCAUCGACGAUAAGCACAGAUAAUAGCAUAGCUCACAAGCAUUUAAGGAAUGAUGAUGGUAUUGGCAUUAUCAAAUUCCUCAGAGGCAAAACAUUUCUCAUAACUGGUGCAACUGGUUUCUUGGGAAAAGUUCUGAUUGAGAAGAUUUUAAGGACAAUACCUGAUGUGAACAAAAUAUUCAUCUUGGUCAAGGCACAGAAUCAAGAAGUUGCUAUAAAUAGAUUGAAAAAUGAAAUCCUCAAUGCUGACAUAUUCAAGAACCUCAAACAAGUCCAUGGGAAAUCUUACGAUACUUUCAUGUUGAGUAAGUUGGUUCCUGUGGUUGGAAAUGUUUGUGAAACUCAUCUCGGAUUAGACAAAGGUUUAGCCAAUGUGAUCGCUAAAGAGGUCGACAUAAUUGUUAAUUCUGCUGCUAAUACUACUUUUGAUGAAAGGUAUGAUAUUGCACUUGAUAUAAACACCGGUGGACCUAGCCGCCUAAUGAAUUAUGCAAAACAAUGUCACAACCUGAAGCUUUUCCUCCAAAUAUCCACAGCUUAUGUUAACGGACAACGACAAGGAAGAAUCAUGGAAAAGCCUUUCUGUUCUGGAGACAGUAUAACAAAAGAGACUCUUCUCUCUGGAAUUCACCAAAACUCCUUCCCUAGUUUGAAUGUUGAAGAUGAGAUAAAGCUGAUUUUGGAAUCUAAACAAGCUGUAGAAGAUAACGUAGCGGGCCAGAAAAUUAGAGAACUUGGCUUGGAAAGAGCGAACAAAUUUGGGUGGCAAGACACUUAUGUGUUCACCAAGGCUAUGGGAGAGAUGAUGAUCGAUAACAUGAGAAGUGAUAUACCAGUAGUAAUAAUUCGACCAAGUGUUAUUGAGAGCACCUAUAGAGAACCAUUCAGUGGAUGGAUGGAAGGAAACAGGAUGAUGGAUCCAAUUAUUCUCCACUAUGGCAAAGGGCAGCUCACCGGUUUUCUUGUAGAUCCCAACGGAGUUCUAGACGUGGUUCCAGCUGACAUGGUUGUGAACGCAACGUUGGCAGCUAUUGCAAAGCACGGGGCAGCAGGAAAACUGGGGAGUAACAUUUACCAGGUUGCUUCGUCUGUUGUAAAUCCAUUAGUCUUCAAGGACCUGGCCAUGUUGCUUUUCGAGCACUUCAAUUCUUCACCGUAUAUUGACUCCAAAGGAAGACCUAUUCAUGUUCCAAGAAUGAAGCUGUUGAACUCCAUGGAAGACCUGUCUUUCCACCUCUGGCAAGACGCUAUUAACAGAAGUGGGCUAACAGAUACGGCUGAUCCUAACGGAAAGUUGUCAAGGAAACUCGAGAAUAUCUGCAGAAAAUCAGUGGAGCAAGCAAAGUACUUGGCACAUAUCUAUGAACCAUACACUUUUUAUGGAGGAAGAUUUGACAACAGCAACACUCAGUGGUUGAUGGAAUGCAUGUCUAAAGAAGAACGAUGGCAGUUUGGUUUUGAUGUGGAGAACAUAGAUUGGAAAGAUUACAUAUCCAAUGUCCACAUUCCAGGGAUAAGGAAGUAUGUAAUGAAAGGAAGAGGGUUAUGCAGUUCAUCCUCAUAG